AUCGUGCCUCGUUGUUUGUCAUGUUGUUGUCAAAGAAUCCAAAGCCACACGAAGCGAGAUUGAAGGGAAAUGGUCCGCGCAGAGGCAGUUGGAGGCGAGAGUCUGGAACGAAGCAAAGAAAUCGAGAAGUGACCAAUCUUCUCUCCAUGGCGGACACAUGAUCGGAAAAUGAGAUGAAAGCACACCAAAGGCCGGCGCUAUCGGUAUGCCAAUAUAUCAAUCCCCUCAAGACCAUGCCCUACUUACGCCAUAUACCGACAAGCUCGUUCUCAGCGGCUUCACCUCAUCGCCGACAAUCACCUUUUCCAGGCGCACUCUCCCGCAGGCGCUCCUAGGCCACCUCGCCCCCAGCAACAUCACCAUGCCCUCUCAAUGUAUUCAUCGGCUACCCGUAGUCUCAAUGCAAACACAAGGCAAUGCCGUCCAAAGAUCAAGGUCCGCGUCGAGGAAUCGCGUCGAGCUGCUGAGCCGCCAGCUGUCGUCUUCACAAUCCGCGAGCGUAAGAAUCAAAGGGCCCCAUGGAUGAUGCCAGUUGAGGAACCUCACAAGCAAGAGGCAGAGGUUCUUGGUCAACAUCAUUGGACUGGGAUAUGCUAGCAUAUGCGAGCAUUAUCAGCUCUCCAACAUCACUCUCGCCUGCGAUACGUAACGUCCAAACCGUCUUUCACCCCGUCGCCUACAUUUCCCGACACCUGGACAUCAACCAGGAUGCGAUCGAAGCUUGUCUUAAGAAGACGGUCGAGCCGCUCGAUGCGUCAGCUUGGGAUGGGAAUUGACGGGCAGCAGGCUUUCUGUCAUCCCGGCGACUCUAAUUUGGCUCGGAAUAAUCGGAGUGACAUCGUACUUUGCCAUUAGUUGUCUUCUGUGUAUUGCCUUUCAAACUGCUAAUGAGAUUUCGAGCUUCCUCUCCAUCAUCAGCGACACGCCUCAAUAAGCUCUCAAUCCGUACCUCGUCGAGCCCGCUGCAGGGAGUUGACAUAUACAGUGUAUUCUACAUGACCGAAUGGGUACUGUUGU